CAAACGUCAAAUCUGUCAGAGUGAAAUCGUAAUUAUUAUUAUUCCAAAUUAAACAGAUGGCCAAGCCUAUUUUAUUGGAUUAGCGUAUUUUGAGAUUGUUUUUAGUGAUAUUUUAGUUUUAUAAGCUCACUUACAGCUAUGGUUGUCAAAGUAUACAUUAGUGGUAUUUCGGGAAACAAGGAGGUAAAGAAAAGACAACAACGAGUUUUGAUGAUCUUGGAUUCUAAAAACAUCAAAUAUGAUGUCAUUGACAUUACGGAGCCAGGAAGGGAGAGUGAUAAGGAGUUUAUGCAGAGCAACGCCAAGUCGUGCGGAGGCACCGUGAGCGACCCCGCGCCGCGCUCCGCGCUGCCGCCGCAGGUCUUCAACGACGACGAGUACUGUGGGGACUAUGACCAGUUUGACAUGGCCAAUGAAAUUGAUACUUUGGAACAGUUCCUGAAAGUUGAAAUCCCUCCUGAGGAGCCACCUCAAGCUGAGAAUGGACUGGCUGAAAAUGCUUUGAAUGGAAAUGGAGCCUCUGAAAAGCUGGAUGAAGCUAAAUCUUCAAAGGAAAACUCUCAAGAAAGGGAUGCAGCAGGAGACAAGACAUCUAAAGAAGCCAGUGUUGAGAAGGAAAGCACUCCAGCCAGAGAAUCUACACCCUCUAAAGAAGGUACUCCAGCUAAGGAAACAACUCCCGAGAAACAACUGAGCAAAGAAGGAACCCCAGCCAAGGAAACCUCAGAAGCUGAACACGAAAAAUCUCCAUCCCCUGCACAAGAUGCUAAAGCAUCUAAAGAGCCCUCUCCAGAUAUUGAUGAACCUGCCAAUGGUGCUGUUAGUUCUCGCGAACAUUCAGUAGAGAAGGCACAGGUAGAAGAGCCAGUGGAGAGGACAAAAGAUGAUCCUUCUGAAGCCCUCAUAGACAGUGAGAAAGCUGUUGCUUCAGAAUAAGUACAUCACUAGCAAUAUAUCAGCUUUGCAGCUCAAAUCAAGCCUUAGCACUAAGCAAGCACUAUUAAGUUAUCUGUUAAUCAUAAAUACCUUUAAGCCUUUGACAUAAAUAGUCAUGUAUAUAAUUGAAGAGGUAACUUGUUGAGCGUUGUGUUAAGUAUGGAGCGAUGUUUAAAUAAUUUAUGAAUUUUCAAUGAACUGGCCUAGAAGUAACUCCUAUGAGUGUUGAACCUUAAUAUUGCGAGAUCACGUUUAUUUACUAAGAGUAUAUUUUAACAUUUUGCUUAAGUCUUGUAUUAUUUGAUAGUAUUAAUAUUUUUAUUUAAGUUUUACAUACUUUUUAUAUGCAAAAGAUAUCAUUUUUACAAUUAUUAAACUUGGUAUAAAAUGUAUUUUAUGAACGCUCAUAGAUCUCCUUUCAUUAGACUCAUUGUAAUGUCCUCUUGCCAGGCUUGUGAGUAUUAGAAACUAUUUAUCAUCAUCUAGCAAUAUGCAAUGUGCACAGCUUAAAUUUUUAUUUACUAUGAAAUUAAUUUGAUAUUUUUGUCAUGACAAAACUUCAUCAAAUAUUAAUAUUAUUAAAGACAGUUUAAUACUAAUUUUUCAUAUUGAAUAUAUAAAAUUAUACAAA